UGUUAGAAAAUCGCAAAUCUCCCUCUCUCUCUCUCGCUUUGCUUCGUUUUCAAUCAAAAAUACGUAACAGUCUUCAUUUCAAAUACCAAAAGCAACGCACCAACUCAUCCUCGAGGCGACAUUCACAUCUAAACCACCGUACGAGUACCCAACACCAAACACUUCCCGAUUCCCAAUCUUCUCCCCCCGCCAAAACCAGAUCAGAUCUCUCUCUCCUCGACCAAACGGGCCAUCAAUCUCUUCGGAUCCAGCUGUUUUGAUGGAACUGGUGGCAAUCGCAGGUCCCAUUUCAGUUGCUGAAAUAAUUGGAUUCGUGUUUGUACCGGAAGAAACUGAAGUUAGUCUGAAGUAAAGCUGCGGACAAUUGGGUGGGUACGGAGUGUCGGACUGUAGAUGGCUCUGUUAUCAUAUAGGCAAUGAGAUGGUUGAGAGUGAUUCUGAUACAGAAAAGGUUAAUAUCACGGGCCAUAAGUUUGGUGAGAGAGGAAGUCAAGGGUCAGGUAUUCCUAGGGCGCCUUCAUUCUCAGGCUGGUGUGACAAAGAUGGGGUGACCAGUGCAGAUGGUUGUCUAGAUACUGCGGAUCAAAUUGUAGAAGACUUCCACUUCGAAUUGCCUUUGGUACAUCAUGUUGGGUUAGGAAAGGAGCGUUUAAGCGGCGAGAUGCAGAUGAAUGGAAAUGGAAAGUCUGUGCCCUUUGAUAUUGAAAUUGGACCGGGGAAAGAGCAAACGCUCUCAAGCCUUGGAAAUAAUGACUUCAAUUCUAUGGAUGACAAUGCACCAUCGAAGUCAAAAAGUAACAGCUUGAUUUCUGCCGUUGAUGUGCUGAAGACAUUGUCUUUCAUACUUGUCUGGUAUUUUUUCAGCACGUCCUUGACCCUGUACAAUAAAAAUUUACUAGGAGAUGAUUUAGGAAAGUUCCCAGCUCCUUUAUUGAUGAAUACAGUCCACUUUACUAUGCAAGCUCUUUUAUCAAAUGCCAUAACAUGGUUCUGGUCUCAAAGAUUUAAGCCCACUGUAUCUAUGUCGUGGAAGGAUUACUUUCUAAGAGUUGUACCAACCGCCCUGGGGACAGCACUGGAUAUCAACUUAAGCAAUGCCUCCCUUGUUUUCAUCUCCGUUACAUUUGCCACUAUGUGCAAAUCAGCUUCUCCUAUAUUUCUCCUUCUAUUUGCUUUUGCUUUUAGGUUGGAAUCGCCAAGCUUUAAACUUUUGGGCAUCAUCUUUGUCAUAUCCAUUGGAAUACUGUUCACAGUUGUAAAGGAGACCGAAUUUGAGUUCUGGGGAUUCGUUUUCGUUAUGCUUGCUGCUGUUAUGUCUGGCUUUCGUUGGACCAUGACUCAAAUCCUUCUUCAGAAAGAAGUAUAUGGGCUGAAAGAUCCAAUCACCCUUAUGAGCUAUGUAACUCCAGUAAUGGCAGUGUCUACUGCUCUUCUCUCCCUUAUUAUGGAUCCUUGGGAUGAGUUCAAAGGAAGCACAUACUUUAAUAGUUCGAGCCAUAUCAUUCGAAGUUGCCUGCUAAUGCUUUUUGGUGGAACUCUUGCCUUUUUUAUGGUGUUGACGGAGUACAUUCUUGUUUCAAUAACUAGUGCAGUAACUGUGACAAUAGCAGGAGUUGUCAAGGAGGCUGUCACUAUUUUGGUUGCUGUGUUUUACUUCCAUGAUCAAUUCACUUGGUUGAAAGGGGUUGGUCUGAUAAUAAUCCUGGUUGGUGUGAGCUUAUUCAACUGGUACAAAUACCAAAAGUUACAAAAGGGCGAGCUAGGUGAAGAGAAUGUGGCAAAGUCAUCGGCAACCAAUGCAGCUGCAAGAUAUGUUAUUCUUGAGGAAAUGGAUGACCUAGAUGAUGGUCCCCUGAGAGCUCACUAAUCAAAUCAGUUGAAUCUCGUGAAUAAACCAUAGCGAAAGUCGUGGCAGCAUUCUUCAAAUUCUUCUGGUCUGUUUCUGCGGUUCUUCCACCAGAUUGGUGGUUUACAAUGAAGUUGUUUCACAUUUCAAAGCCCGUAAAGAAAUUUUUGAUUCCGACUGUCUGCCCACAGCAGUUGAUUGUACAUUGUAUCGGCACUACACGGCAUGCUACCAAGUAAUAAAUUCCCAGUUUGGAUAUUCAUUGUAUCUCUGUAACUGCUUUUCCCAUUCCUGUUGGGAUAUUGAGAUUGAAUUUUUGUCCCCUCUUUGUAGAUUUCUAGUAUUUCAUUGCUAUGAAUAGUUUCUUGUUUGUCUUGUAUGUAAUAAAUACUUCUAUACGGAUAAAAAGUUUUUUGCAACAUCUAAAUGGAGUUGUUACCGACUGACCAA